AUGAUCACAGACGACCACAAGACCGGGUCGAAUAUGGCCACAUCUGCUGGGGAGACCAGUAGCAGCGGGUUUGCUGACGAGGGACCAAGGGCUAAAAAGCGAAAAGCCAAUGAUGAUGAUAGCGAGACAGAAGCUCGUGAUAGUGGAUCGCGUGAUAGAGAGAAGUCCCAGGGUCAUUUGCGCCAAAAGUCACAAGGCAUGAAUGCUGCUACUGGUGGACUGGGAGGAGCAGGUGUAGCAGGCGCUGGCGCUGGUGCUAUAUCUACUGCUUCGGCCAGUGGGAACCAUCAACAGCGUCAAGAAAUGAUUAUUGACUCUGUUCCGUUUGUAACCGGUAGUACAGCCCCAAGUAAAAGCAGUAGCCUGGCUAAUAGCCAUAACAGCAGUUAUCAGGACGUCCGCACGCCUCUUUAUGCGGGAAGUGGGCUCGUGGCAAUCAACAGUGGUGGAACUGUAACGGCAAAUACGAGUAGGGCUCAUUCACCAAUAACCGCGUCUACCUCGGCAUUCAGCAGUAGGGCAGCUACACCAGGGUCAAGUGAUGCAACAGCUAGCUUUGACAGGGCCAGUUUGCACGAUGGUCAAGUGAUUCCUCCUGGAUCAAGCUGGAUGAAUUUCAACCGCAACGAUAUGGAUACUCAGAUGCCGGUCAUCGAAAGGGUAAUUCCUGGUCAAGGAUCCAUUCGUGGUGGUAUUGAGGUGACUAUUCUGGGUACUGGGUUUGUCAAUGGCUUAGUGGUUCGGUUUGGUGAUAAUAAGUCGCCUUCUACUCAAUGCUGGAACAGCACAACUCUGAUUACACAUUUGCCUCCAGCCCAAACUGAAGGUCCUGUCAAUGUGACAUUUGAUGGCUGGAUUGGUGGUGCCGAGAACAAGCUGUUUAGGUAUUUUGAUGAUACCGAUCGUCAACUGAUUGAGUUGGCUCUCCAGGUGGUGGGAUUAAAAAUGAAUGGUAAACUAGAGGAUGCUAGAGAAAUCGCAAAGAGGAUUAUCGGCAGUGGAGUUGGAAUUUCAAAUGAACUUCGUGAACAACUUUCUGGUGGUAAUGAGAGUGGAGGAGGAAGUAGCAAUCAUUCGGCUGGUUUCUUGACUCUGAGAGGAGAAAAACUCCAACAAAUGCUUAUUUCGUGCUUGGACUUUGUUAAAACCAUUGACGAUUGUUCCAAGUUUGCUACAAAUUGGGAUGUUUGUAAUAGCGAGGAGCAGACAAUGCUUCACUUGGCGAGUAGCAGAGGAUAUACAAGACUUUGUUCAGCUCUGAUUGAAGCAGGUGCUGCGCUCGACUAUGGUGAUAGCAAUAUGUAUACUGCUUUGCAUUUUGCGGUGUUCCAUGGCAGGGAAGAUAUAGUUAGAUUGUUGCUUAACGAAGGAGCUGACCCCUGUAUUCGCACAAAUGACGGUUCUACAGUGUUGGAUUUGGCUAGUAGAGAGCUUCGAGACGUUUUGAUUGACGAGUACAUUGACAGUGAAUGGGAUAUGUCAUCUCAUGAAGGAAGUGUUUCUGAUGAAAAUUCGUUUGAAGAGGAUGAUGAGUUAACUGACGUGUCUGAAGAUGAGGUGUCUGGCAGAGAUCUUUCUGAGCAGGAAUCUGAGCUGGACAUUGAAUGGGACGAUGAUUAUAUGAGACCUGGUAUUUAUGGUAGUGCCCCAGUAUCAUCACGGAGGUCGUCACGGAUUUCAUCUCGCCGUCCAAGUAUCAGCGAAAGUAAUGAUGUCGCAUCUGUUAGGGGCGAAAACUCGCCUAGGGGUCUUGCUCAUUACUGGGCAGACCUACGAGAUAACGCAAGAAACGGAUUCCUUCGCCGUCGACACGCUGAUGAAGAGCCACAGCAUGGUCAACAUCAACAACACAGACAUAGCCACCAACAGCAACAAGCAGCUGCAGCAGCAGCUUUUUGGAACUUUUUUGUUCCCGAAAGACUAAUGUCUCACGUUCAUACCCCCACUGAAGACAAUGUACCACCACCAAGUUAUGAGGAGAUCUUCCCCGAGGGCGCAACAUCGUCAGAAAGCUACCAACGGGCGGCAUUUGACGGUGACAAACAAGUUGAGUCGACGACUGACGAAGCUGCUGAACACAUUGAGUUGGGUUCUUUGCCUGAUACUGAGACUAUCGAUGACACUGUAGAAUUCCCAACAUCUGCCGAAGAAGAAGAGGAUCGUGUUCUCCAGGCAUGGAGAGAAAAGCAACGUGGGCUCCGUAACGAUAAGAUGUUUUUCUUCUUCUGGCUGCCUCUGUUCAUCUUCAUGUUGGUGUGGCUGUCUCUCAAAGCGAUUACGUUUAUUGAUAAGACAGAUUUCACGUACAUCAAGCAUCAGACAAAGUCAAUUGUGCAACUGGGCACAAAUAGGUAUUUAUUAGCUCUCCAAGGCCAACAGCAACGACAACCGGAAGGGCUCCUCCCUCAACAAGUUUAA